AUGAAGCAGAUUUCCUUCUGGCUGAGCAACUCCGAGGAGGCUCAGAAGUGGGACGAAUUGGCAAGCAGUAUUGGUGAAGCUCUGCACAACAAAUGGUUCAUCGAUGACACCAACGGCACCACCUCACAAGCGUACUACUCCGGAAACAUCCAGGCAUCAAACGCUCUUGCGCUCGACGUAGGCAUUGUCCCGGAAGAAUACCAGAAUUUGGUGUUUGACUCGCUUUUGACAUCGAUUGAGAACACUACCUUCUAUCCCACGGUCGGGGAGAUCGCGCUUCCUAACCUUCGCGUACUCGAAUACCGAGGCAGGAGCGACGUUAUCUUCAAGAUGCUCAGCGCUCCAGGCCUUAGCAGCUGGGGUCUCGCCAGUUACUCCUAUUCAAUCGAGCUAGGGGCCACAAGUCUCUGGGAAUUUCUGAAUGGCGGCCGUGGCUCGUCGUAUAAUCAUUUCAUGAUGGGGGCUCCGGGCAUAUGGAUUCAGCGACUCAGUGGGCUGGACACUGCGGCCGACGCCGUUCGAUGGAAUUUGAUCAACUACCAGCCCAUAUUGGAGGCCUACCUGACUUCGGCUUCGUCUAGUUACCUAACGCCCGCUGGACAAGCCAGCGCCGCAUGGGAGCUCAGCGAAGGUGUCUUGACUUAUGAUAUCGUGGUUCCCGUUGGAUCCGUUGGUGUUGUGUCACUGAACGCUACCCAAGUGCAAGAAGGAGGCCAGGACGUAAGCGUUGAGCAGGAAGGCAUCUUGGCGGUGGAGUUUGACGAGGCUACUGAGGCCAAUUGGAAGAUCCGCGUAGGAUCCGGGUCUUACCAGUUUUCGGCCGUCAUAACUUAG